CAAAAGUCUACAUUACAAUGGGCCCGCUUUUUCUAUUGAAUGAGUAAAAAGCUGACACCGGAAAAAUUCCCAGGCAAUCGUCAUUCCAUAUAUUUACGCGGACAAAUUAUAACUCUGUGUAUCUUCUUUAUUCCGCGGAGGAAGACUCCUGUCGGCGAAGAUACCGAAGUCUGUGAAAAACCACGAACGUUACAUUGAUUGAAGAUGUUUUGCUAACGGCUCUCAUUUGGCUCCAUAAUAACAAAUUUAUUUGGCUCGACAAUAAGCACGACGAAGUGCUAAUCAUCUGUGGAGAAUCAGAUUUGUUCGAGAUUCUGUUGUUGACAAGCUUAACUUUGAAUUUAACUCAAAAUAACUGCCUCAUGUUCUGGUUUAAAAAGAUAUCAAUUUUAUGUAAAUACAUGGAGUGAAAGCCAUUUGUUGGGGUGAAUUUUGGGUCUCAUUAAUUUCCUUCUGAAAGCAGGUCCAAUAAAUCAUGAAAAGGCAAUUGGAAGUUGAGUUGUUACAGCGCUACCGUCGUGAUCGGCGAGAACUCCUUAGAUUCAUUCUUUCAGCAGGUAUAAUUGAGAAGAUUGUGACACAGCCUGGCACUGUUUCACUGGAUGAUGUUGACUUUGACAAAUUGAGUGUGGAUUAUGUCGUUGAGUGUGCAAAGAAAGGUGGGACUUUGGACCUUUCAGAAGCAGUCAAGAAAUAUUACGAUGAGCUGAAUAAUCCGCUUAUGAUUGAUUCUGAGCUUGGUAGAUCGUAUCUUUUGGUUUCAAAUCCGGAGUCAUCUGGACCACCACCUAGGCGGUCACCACCUCCAGUUCUUGUCAGUUCGUCAACCCGCUUAACAAAAAACCAUCCAAAAUCAUAUCCUCUUUACUCUACACCUUCACAACAAUCAUCUGUUGAGGAGGAGAUUGAUGAUUUUGAGGGUGGUGAAGAAGAUGAUGAAUCAAUGAGCGAAUAUGUUCCAAGACGCCAGUUGAAUGAUGCUAAUGAGCUUCAUUUGGAGCUGCCACCUUUCAAGUCAGGAUUAUCCAACGACGAUCUUCGAGAAACAGCUUAUGAAGUCCUAUUAGCUUCUAUAGGGGAUGCUUUUGGUCUGGUAAUGGCAAACAAAGAAAAUAAAAAGGAGAAAAAGUCCAAGUUUAUGAGGAAGCUCACAGGUAGCAAGAAUGGAAAACACAAACCUCAGCCUCAACAAACAUCAGAGUUUGUUGGAUUGCUCAAUACCAUACGUGUACAAAUGGAGAUCUCAGAAUCAAUAGAUAUGCAAACAAGAGAGGGUUUGCUUUCUGCUGCAGCAGGUACAGUGUCCAAAAGAAUGGACACUCUUUUGAUUCCCUUGGAGCUUUUAUGCAGUAUCUCAGCUGCCGAGUUUUCUGACAGAAGAUUUUAUUUACGAUGGCAAAAGCGACAGCUAAAAAUUCUAGAAGAAGGGCUUAUAAAUCAUCCUGCAUUUGGGCUCAAGGCAACCGAGUCAAUGGCAACUGAAUUCAGAGCUCUCCUAUUGAAGAUUGAAGAAGCUGAGGGACUUCCUUCUCAAGUAGGCUCAGCUCAGAGAGCGGAAGCUCUAAGAGUGUUGCGAAGAAUUACUAUUCAAGCUGGUGGAAGGCCAGCAAAAGUUGAUAUAUCUGGGGAAGUCUGUCACUGGGCAGAUGGCUAUCAUCUAAACAUUCAGCUCUAUGAGAAAUUAUUGUGUAGUGUUUUUGACACCCUAGAGGAGGGGAGACUGCUUGAGGAAGUAAAUGAGAUCCUUGAACUGCUCAAAUUGACAUGGCGUAUUUUGGGGAUCACACAAACUAUGCAUGACGCAUGCUAUACAUGGGUGCUGUUUCGUCAGUUUGUUAUGACAGGUGAAUCUUCCCUUCUUCAACAUGCAAUCCUGCAGAUGAAAAAGAUAUCAUCACAUGGACAACGGAGUGCCCAAGAAUGCACAUAUAUGCAGAGUCUGUGUUGUUCAGUAGAAAAUGAUGAUGCUCAUCGGGAACAAACCUUUGUGGAGUCUUUGCUUUCACCGAUCAAGAAAUGGUGUGACAAGCGGCUUCGGGAUUUUCAUUUGAUGUCUUCUAAGGAAUCAAGUAACUUUGAGGGGAUAUUGACUGCAGCCAUGCUUUCUGGAAGGCUUAUUGCAGAUGAAUGUGAUCACCAUGAGGUAUCUAGGAUGACAUCAGCUGCAGAGAUGGCUUUAGCUGCUAAGCAGAUUGAAGAUUACAUUAUAUCCUCCACUGAUGCUGCAUAUGAAAGGGCACUUGCAACUUCUAAUGCCAAAUAUGGAACUGUACAUGAGCACCCUCUGAGAACACUUGCAGAAGCUGUGAAGAAUAUUGCUCAAAGAAUUUCAACUGUCUUUAGCCCUGUUUUAUCUCGUUGGAAUCCUCAAAGUAGUGCCAUUUCUGCAUCACUUUUACACAGUCUAUAUGGAAGGGAACUGAAACCUUUCCUUGAUGGAGUGUCACAUCUUUCGGAAGAUGUUAAAGCUGUAUUUCCAGCAGCAGACAUACUGGAGCAGUAUCUAAUUGAGCUUGUAUAUUCUGUAAAUGAAGAGGAUGAGGUGAAUGGUUGUUACAUGCAAGGGAUGGCCCCAUAUCAGGUUGAAGCAAUUUCUGCUCCAUUGCUUACACGUUGGGUUAACAUUCAACUUGGGAGAAUUGUAGAAUGGGUUGAACGGGCAAUUCAACAAGAGAGAUGGGAUCCACUGUCAGCUCAGCUACGACAUGGAGCUUCUGUUGUUGAAGUUUUUAGAAUUGUGGAGGAGACAACGGAACAAUUUUUCAAUUUCAACUUGCCAAUGCGGUUUUCACAGCUUAAAGUCCUUGCUAAUGGCUUUGAUAACACUUUCCAAUUAUAUUGCAAGAAUGUUAUUAAUCAGCUAGUUGAUAAAGGUGAUCUUCUACCACCCACUCCAAUUUUAACACGACACAAAAAGGAUUCUGCAGUCAAUGCUUUUACCAAGAAGAAAGUAAGCGAUACCAGAGAACGGGAUGAAGGGCGUGUUAGUGAAAUUACUGACUUGUCAACAUCUAAGCUCUGUGUUCGUCUAAAUUCUUUGAAUUAUAUGCUGAAACAACUGGAUUUACUUGAAGACAAUAUUAAAGAUCGUUGGGUUCAGGCAAGGCCAAGGCGAAGGUCAAUUGAUGAUGAUAUCAGGUGCUCUUCUGACAAGCUGAUGGAUGGAUUCUCCUCUAUGUUUGAUGAAACAAGAAAGGUUGUUGAUGCAGCUACAAGAAAAAUUUGUGAUUUUACAGGUGUUAAGAUAAUCUUUUGGGAUAUGCGAGAAAAAUUCAUAGACAAUCUGUAUAGAGGCAGUGUCUCACAAGCUCGAAUAGAAAGUGUCAUUCAAGUUCUUGAUUCGGUCCUUGGACAACUAUGUGAUGUCAUUGCAAGCCCUCUUAGAGAUCAAGUUGUUAUUGGACUUCUUCAAGCCUCUUUGGAUGGUUAUGUUCGGGUAUUGCUGGAUGGAGGCCCUUCUCGAGUCUUUUCUCAAGAUGAUAGAAGAUUGCUUGCAGAAGAUUUGCAAAUAUUAAAGGAUUUUUUCAUGGCAGGCGGAGAUGGGCUUCCAAAAAAUGUGGUAGAAAAUGCAUUUGCCCCAGUGGAACAAAUCGUGAAGUUAUAUGGUCUCAAGACAGAAGUUAUUAUUGAGAGUUUGAUGCAUGAGAGCGAACACAAUUCUAUAGGAGAUGAUCCCAAAAGAUAUGGAAGUAGAUCAUCCAGAGAUGCAGACACUCUUUUGCGUGUUUUGUGCCAUAGGAGUGACAAAGAGGCUUCAAAGUUUCUUAAGAAACAAUACAGGCUGCCUAAAUCUGCAGCUUAUGAUGAUACACCUGGUAAGGAAUCAUCACCAAUGUCUCCAUUUACUGGUGCAUCCAUGACCGAUCUCCUCAAAAGGAGUGCAUCAAUUCGUUGGGGUACAGAUGGUCAGAGAAGCUUCAGAAUGUUAAAACAGAGGCUACAAGAAGCUACUAUAGAAUUCAGACAAGGAGGUUGGUAAGAAGGAUGGUUGUUGGUCCAGAAUUAUCUGAAAAACAAGAAUUAUUUUUCUUCUAGUGUGAUGACUAACAAUCGGGAAUAGUAAUCUUUAUUUUUGAGAGAAUCUUCAGAGCGAAUUUUGAAGAUGCUUCUGGAGAAAUUUUCCAGCAAUGAUCAAGUCGUAUGCAAGAGAAACAUGGAGAUGGUGCAAACGACAUCCUCAUCCCCUUGAAAGAAAUUAUGUUAUCUACAUUUUUUGUAAGCUAUUGCAUUAAGUUGUAAAUGUAUGUACAAUGUAUUACCUCGUUCAUAGUUAAGUAGGCAAUGAUGUACCAUUUCAUUCUUAAUUCAUUUUUGAGGUAUGGUUAAAAUUUGCCAUGUCAUAUUGGUUUCCUUGAGUGGGCAAGUUGGGAGUUCGUUUGUUCAACUUUAAUGAAAGAACAUUGUAUAAUAUAAAUUGCUAUACAUAAAUAGAUUUAUUCAGAUCA